AUGAAAUCAUUGGUUAGAAAUAUGGUGCCUUACCCUACAUUGAAUUUUUUAACAUGUUCUCUCGUGCCCUUACAGAACCAUUCAUCCAUUGUUAGUAAGAAUGAAAUGAUGACGAUACCACAAUCUACCAUGCAAUGUUUUGAACCUUGCUCUUUAUUAACGAGUGUGAAUUUGAAAGAAGGAAAGUAUAUGAAUGUUUCUUUGAAGUAUUGUGGAAAUGUAUCCAUGAAAGAAGUGAAUCAAAGCAUCCAAUGUUUAAAGAGAAGUGGAAUUGUUCAUGAUCAUGCUGUUCCUUGGACUCGAGUUGGGGUUCAUUGUGAAACAGUGUCAAAGAGCAAGACAUUGGGUUCAAAUCAUGAGACAAGUAUAAUUAGCAUGCUUGCAAACUCAACAGUUAUGGGAGGUGUAUUUGACAGAAUUAUGAACAAGUGCGACAAGUUAUAUGAUAAACGAGCCUAUGUUCAUUGGUUUGUGGGUGAAGGUAUGGAAAGUGGUGAAUUUGAGGAAGCAAGAGAAGUGGUUAGGAAUUUAGCCUUUGAUUAUCACAAUAUGGAGAAUAUGGAACAAUAA